UUCCCACUCCAUGCUGUUUGUCUUUCUCUCUUCUUGAAUCCCAUGCUGAUAAUAGAAUUUUCAUAGCACUUUCAAAGAAAUGAGCAGCCCCUGUCUUCUUCCGGGAAUAUCCGGUGUUAACUUGCUCGCCUGAGGUCGACUCACAAUGAAUCGAGAGGUUUUGUGGCGAUCUCAUGCGGGUCGAAAUUGGCGAAAGCCAUUGCUUGCAGAUCAUGAGGAAAACGAGGGGAAAGAGAGACGACGAGUAGGGGAGGUGGCAGGAGGGACGGCAGCUGAGUGUGCCGCGAUAUGCUGUUGUUUUCCGUGUACCGUGAUGAACCUACUAAUAUUGGCGGUGUACAAGGUGCCGACAGGGCUGUGUAGGAAAGCUUGGAGAAAGAAAAAACUACAGCAUUUGAAGAAGAAGAAAACAGUAGGGCUAUUGGCAAAUAGUGGAAGUAAUCACGAGGAAGGAAAGUUGGAGUUGGCAUUGGAGAUGGAGGUCAUGAAGGGGGGGAGUCGGAUAGGGAUGGAUAAUAGCGAUGUGGUCAACUUGGAGAAGGAGAUGUGGGAAAGGUUUUCUCGAGGCGGCUUCUGGAGGAGCCCUUCUGAGAGAGAAAGGCCUCAUCCUCUUGCAUGAAAUUUAAUUAAUUUCAUACAAUUGGGUUAAGAGUUCAAGAUCAAGGUUGAUCCAAUUUUACAUUUCAAUUAUUACAAAUUACAUGUGUACGUAAGUACGUUGUUUCUCUAAUCACCAAAUAUUAAACUUAAUUAAUUUGUUUUC